AGAUAAAAACACUCAGGUUGGCUUUGUCCGGAAAAGUAAUUUAAACUGCCCGUUCGUUGAGGCAGACUUGUAAUUUAGGGGAGAAAGAGGCGGUUCCGCGCGCAGGGGAAGCCUUGGCCUGCGGCUGGGCCACGCCGGCGAAACGCCGCUUUCCGGGCUUUGUGCCUUUGCGCACGCGCUAUGGCGCCAACUCCGCCUCCUGGAGGCGCCGGGCCCCUUGCAAGGCGGGGCCCAGGGCGGUCGUGUGGGUGUGACGUCGCUGCGCUCGACACUCAGUGUUGCCGGGCGGCGAUGGCGGCUCCUCUGGAGUCCUCCGGGGAGGACCAACUGCGGAACUUUGUGCGAGUUUUGGAGAAGCGAGAUGGCACGGUGUUACGACUACAGCAGUACGGCUCCGGCGGCGUGGGUUGCGUUGUUUGGGACGCUGCCAUCGUCCUUUCUAAAUACCUGGAAACGCCCGAGUUUUCCGGCGAUGGGGCCCACGCGCUGAGCCGGCGGUCGGUGCUGGAGCUGGGCUCUGGCACCGGGGCCGUGGGGCUCAUGGCUGCUACCUUCGGGGCAGAUGUCAUAGUCACCGACCUAGAGGAAUUGCAAGACUUGCUGAAGAUGAAUAUUAAUAUGAACAAGCAUCUUGUCACUGGUUCUGUUCAAGCCAAGGUACUGAAAUGGGGGGAAGAAAUAGAAGACUUUCCUUCUCCUCCAGACUACAUCCUGAUGGCCGACUGCAUAUACUAUGAAGAGCUUCUUCAACUAGACUUUGACUUUGAAAAAAUUCCUUUGGAAAAACAUGAUGAAGAAUAUCGAAGUGAAGAUAUUCACAUUUUAUACAUCAGAAAGAAAAAAUCGAAAUUUCCGUCGUGAAAUCUAGUCAUCUUACCCAAGCCUCUAACAACGUGGGUAAGCUAACAUUGUGAAUGGAGCAUGUGAAUACAGCAUGAGAAGAUUGUGUUCACAGAUUUUUCCAGCAUGUCCUUAGGGAUCCGAUAUGUAGACAACCACCACGGGCUGCCUGCAGUACGAAAAAUGAUCGACUGACUGCCUACCUGCCAAUGGGCCUGAAAUCCAACUUAGUUUACUUUUAGCUCGGCAUCAAGUUCUGCUUAAAAGAAACAUGUUUCAGUCACUCCUCAAAUAAAAAUAGGUACUGAGGUUAGCCUACAGUCUGCCAAAAAUAGUGAAGUAGCAUGGUUGACUUGGUGUAUUUUCAGGAAACUAGAGAUAAGUUGAUCCGGUUUCUAAAGAGAGAUAUCAAUUACUAUUUAAUAAUGUUUAAAUUCAAAUCAAUAAAUUUUAGCUUGUCUUCAAGAUAAAUUUAAAAGAAGGUUUUUAUUUUAACGUAUUUAUGCAGUGGUUUUUACCGUAAGUAUCUUCCACUUCAUUGCUUUUAAGGUAACUUUAAUACUUGUGUUCUUUUACUUUAAAAAAAAAAAAUGAAAAUACUGUUUUGUGGCCAAGUUCUAUGCUUUUCCUUCACCAUACUGACUACAGUAUAAUUUACUAUGUGAGUUAGAUAGUAGAUUAUACCGUAGUCAGUUGAUAAAGAUGAAAGUAAGAUACCGGGAGAUUGGGAGGGAGGAAAAGGUAUCUUUACAAAAUUGUUUACUUGAGAAUGGAGUGAAAAUAAAAAGUCCAGCUUCAGGCUCUUGCAUUUAUGUGGCUCAUGCACUUUUCCUCAUGUAUAGCUUCCAGGAAAAUGCGGCUAAAGUCACUGGUGUUAACUUGUUUACAUGAAACAGAGAAAAGUAUUUAAAUGACUACAAAUGUAGUUCUGUAUACAUUUAUCAAAUGAUUUUGAUUCUGUGUGGUCUCUGUUUUAUGUUCUCAUGAGAAUCAUCUGUUCACAGACUGAUCUAUCAGGACUUCAGUCGCAUGGUUCCAAAGUGUAAUGGUAACCAGAUGGAAUUCUGGUACUUACAGACAUUGGUGCUAGGUGGCACAAUUUAUGUGUUAAAAUAAACAUUGUUU